CAUGAUGGGUUUCAUUGCCCAAAAUAACACUUCUAUUUUAUACUUAGAAGGCUUCAGUUUUCAGGAAAAUAUGGUUAUUCCCGUGUUUCUUUUCUUUUUCACCAUAUAUUUUACUAUUGUUGUUGGAAAUGUUUCAGUAAUGCGGGUGAUUAUUGUUAAUCGACACCUGCACGAGCCAAUGUAUAUAUUGUUGUGCAACAUGUCACUUUGUGAUUUAAUUGGAAGCACUGCUUUGUUGCCUCGGCUGAUGGUGGAUUUAUUCGCAGAAGUGAAAUCGAUUUCCUUUGAACUAUGCUUUACUCAGGCUUUUUGUAUUCAUUUUUAUGGCACAGCCUCCAAAUUAAUAUUAAUCGUGAUGGCCUACGACAGGUACGUUGCUAUCUGUAACCCACUUCGGUACACCGCAAUCCUGACUGGGACAACUCUGGUCAAACUGUGCUGCUUUAUGUGGGGAGUUGCGCUUAUUUUAAUUGUCAUUACGCUUGGACUAACAGUGAGGCUUCCGAGAUGCGGUACAACAAUACUCUUAAUAUUCUGCAACAAUGUUUCACUCUUUUCACUGUCCUGUGUUGACACAACUUUGAAUAGCAUUUUCGGAUUGGCAACAACCUACUUCCUUAGUACCUUUUCGUUCACGACAAUCGUUUGGACAUACGGUAAAAUUCUUUAUACCUGCUUGAUUAAACGUGACAACAACAGUAAGCGGAAAGCCAUUCACACUUGUGCUACACAUUUGACUGUGUAUAUUUUCUACGAAGUAAUCGUAUUAUUUACAGUUAUAGCACAACGCUAUCCAUCUACAAAUACAAAUAUACGUAACUCAAUAGGAAUACUGAUAAUGAUUACAUCGCCGCUCUUGAAUCCAAUAAUUUAUGGAAUUAAUACAAAGGAAAUUCGAAGAAAUGUAUUUCGUUUCGAACCACUAAAAAUAUUAGAUAAUAAUCAGUAAGCCGGCUUAAAACCUGUUAAACUUAAAUAUGACUAGAAAAUUGUAUAAAUAAUUUUCAGGUCAUACAAAAAGUUUGAGUGAAGUUUGUAAAGGCCGUUUGAAACAAUCCUGAAUGUGAUGCUUCUGGGGUAAUGUAAACAUGUGACUUACUGUAUUCAUAAAGUUACCUAUUUAAUUUCCGUUUAU